AUGUAUAUUCUUCAUAGGUUACCUUUUGACAAUGCAGAUUUGUACACCAUUGAAUUCCAAAAGAGAGGCCUUCCCCAUUGCCAUACUCUACUUUGGGUAAAGGCAGCUGACAGAAUAAGAACCACAGCUGAUGUUGAUACAUAUAUCACAACGGAGCUGCCAGAUCCUGUCACAGAUUCGGAACUGUAUGAGACAAUAACUAGCUGUAUGAUACACGACUCGUGUGGACUGAUCAACCCAAAAGCUCCAUGUAUGAAAGAUGGUAAAUGCAGCAAGCGUUUCCCUAAGCCCUUUCUUGAUUCCACAUUGUUUGACACAGAAGGCUACGUUAGUUACAAACGUAACGCAUCUGCGCACCAUAUAAAUCAACAUGGACAACUUAUAGACAACGGUUACAUUGUGCCUUACAAUAGAAGACUUUCCUCACGCUUCCGCGCACACAUCAAUGUCAAAUAUUGUGGAUGGAACAUGAUGAUAAAAUACCUAUUCAAAUACAUCUCGAAAGGAGCAGAUCGUGUUAGAUACACAAUCCAAAAAGCAGAACAACCCGAUGAAUCCACCCCUGUCAUAACCUUUGGUAAUCAGGACGCGCCACAGAAUCCUCAAGUUCGAUCUGUGGACGAGGUGAAGAAUUUCCUAGAUGGCCGUUACAUAUGUCCACACGAAGCAGCAUGGCGCAUUCUAAACUUUCACAUACACCUUCGGCAUCCGCCUGUUCAGGUUCUCUCUGUACACAAAGAAAACAUGCAACAACUACUGUUUAAGGAAGACUCGACAAUACCAGAAGUUCUCUCGAACCCAUACAGCACCAUCACAACUCUUAUAGGGUGGUUUCGCAGCAAUACAAGAGAUCCAGCAGGCCGUCACCUUACCUAUCUAGAAUACCCAAAAGCUUAUAAAUGGGAAAAGUCUUUCAAGUCGUGGAGCCCUCGGGUUGAUGAGUCAUCAAAAAUGAUUGGGCGGCUUGUGUUCGCCCAUCCUACGUUAGGCGAAUUAUUUUAUCUACGUAUGUUGCUUUGUCACCAAAAGGGCUGUACGUCUUUUCAAGACUUACGGACUGUCUCCGGUACCAUUUACCCAACCUUCAGAGCCGCUUGCAACGCACUAAACCUAAUAGGCGACGACGCCGAAUGGCUCACCGCAUUCACUGAAGCAUCCGUUUGGGCAACUUCGCCACAACUUCGCUCUCUUUUCUGUCAACUUUUGCUUUUCUGCGAAGUUAGAAACCCACAAACACUGUGGGAAUUUGCGUGUGAAAAAAUGAAGGACGACUACUUACACGCAAUGAAAAGGGAAAUGCCAGAUAAGGAUGUUGCCUCUUUUACGGACAUCAUCCAGCAGCAACUAUUAAACGAUCUAGAUAACACCCUCCGUUCUUCUGUCCCAUCUAAAUCAAUGGCUGUUUUCGGUCUCCCAAUUCCUACGAAUCAAAUCAAUGAUGUUUUGCAAAAUCGCCUUCUGCUUGAAGAGAUGAGCUAUGACAGAGAAGCCCUAAAAAGACAACAUCAGAUCCUCCUGCCACAGCUAAAUAUCGAUCAGCUUUCAUUCUAUAAUGUUGUCACAGAGUCAAUUGAAAAUAGAAAGCAAAUACUCAUGUUCGUCUAUGGACAUGGAGGUACUGGAAAGACAUUCCUAUGGACUACUAUUAUCUCCUACCUAAGGUCUAAAGGAAAAAUUGUAUUGGCGGUUGCAUCUUCCGGGAUCGCAUCUCUUUUUCUUCCUUCUGGAACAACGACACAUUCAAGGUUCAAAAUCCCAAUCGACCUGACAGAAAAAAAAUCCUGUGAUAUAAAGAAAAGGACAUUUCUCGUUGAUCUUUUACAGCGCACAUCACUCAUGUUUUGGGAUGAAGCACCUAUGAGUGACAGAAGAUGUUUUGAAUUUCUAGACCGUUCACUCAGAGAUGUAUUAGAUUGUGAUGACCAACUGUUUGGUGGCAUAUAUGUUCUUCUUGGUGGUGACUUCCGGCAAACACUUCCCGUCCUACCAAAAGCUACAUGA